AUGUUGCUGUCAGGAAUUCUAAUCUUGUCGCUUGUCGCCACAACACACGCCCAGAGCCUCUCCGCAUUCGUCCCUUUCCCUGGCCUCCCUCGAUGUGUGCUUCUAGCGGGUCUGGAGCCGAAUAAAAUCCUCCAGUACCAUCCUCUGGGUGACAUAGGAGCGACAGGCACAUUCCGCAUCUCCGUAUUUGAGAUGCAAGGGAAGAUCAACCUCAAGUUUAAGGUCGACAGCACUCGACUCUCCGGCCCGCUUCCCCCGCGCAACAUCACCCUCUUCGACUCGCGCUCAGGCGGCGCGAUGGGUUACCCGAUCUUCGGAAUCAACGGCAAGUGGACGUCCACCCCCUCGGCGUCGCAGGUCUCGCUGCGCACGUGGAUCAUGGACGCGGGAAACAAGUUCCCGCCGGGGUCGACAGUUUCGUACUACGACUUGGUGAAGCAGGUUGAUUUGAGUCCGCGGAGCUUCUUCGGAGAAGCUGCCGCUGAUUUGCAUAUGGCGUUUCUAGUCAAGCGCUCUUUUCCAGGUUUGCUUCUUCUACUAUUGCUCGUCGCCGUUACAGCCAUCGCUGCAUCCGCCGCUACAUCCGCCGCUACAGCCGCCGCAGUCGGACCCAUCAGAGGAGCCGUUCCUCCGCCGGGCAUUUUACAAUGUAGCUUGCGGGUUGACCUGAAGAGCAACGAAGUCAUCAGCUCGUCGCUCGGCGGGGACCUCGGCGGCACUGGCGACCUAAACAUCUACGUGUACAAGUAUCAAGGAGGGUUGGACGUCCAUAUCAGUUACAACACACACCAGCUUUCCCUCCCAAUGCCACCUCUCAACCAAUCCAUUAACCUUGGGACACGUGGCACCAAUGGUGACGUGGCGUGGAACAUUGAGGGCACGUGGACGCAACGAAACGAGGAUCAGUUGGAGCUACACCGUGUUUUCAAGCGCGCACCGCAAGUCAUGAUCCUCGGUACAAGCACAUCCGUUUACAAGAUGGUGAAAAUGAUCGGCCAAAAUCCAGAGAAUUUCUACGCAACAAUCGCUACAGACAUGUAUCCUGAAGGAGCUAUCCGUGGGCAGUUCUUGCGAAGGUUCCCUGGUCCUAGAUGCUAG